AUGGAUGAAAAUCUAUCAUCAUCUGUUAGCAUGACAGCUUCAAUAGUUAAUGACAUUUCAGAAGAUACAUUUAAGGAUUUAAGUAAUAUAUCAGAAUUUUGUGAUUUUGGUAGUGCUUUAAAUUUAAAAGAUUUUUCAAUAUCUGACAAAUUCUUAAACACUUUAUAUUUAAAUCAGAAAAAAAAUUUAGGCAGCGAUAAUAUUAAUUCUCAAACAGAGUUUGUUAAUGUAUCAUUAGAUGAAGAUUCAAUGACAGUAGUGAAAAAAUCUAGCCUUUGCUGGCUGUUUGAUAAUAAAAAUAAAAAAGUAAGCAAUGAUCGGCUACAAAGGUUUAUAAAUAAUAAGCCUGGUAAAAACUACAAUACAAACAAAAGGAAUAAGCAAAAAGUACCCUCACACAAAGAUAAAUCCGAGGAUAAAUCUAAAUCCAUUUACAAAAAACAAAAGACCAAAGUAUUUUUUCAAGAUUCAGAUGACUCUGAUGUGGAGUUAAAAUUAUGUGUUAAUGGACCAGAUAAUAAUGAUGUUGUUUUGUUGGAUUCAAAAGAGUUACAAGUUACUAACACCGAAGAAGAAUAUAAAAAACCGGCAUGGAAUGACAUUAAGCCAGGAGUUUAUUUAUUAGUAAGAUUUAUGGGAUACAAUAAAAAACCUCGUAGAGAAGAAACAAAAUGUCAGUAUGUUUGUUGUGUGAUUAAAGUAGAAACUGAUGAAGAUGAAGGUAUCAUACAAGUUCAAGGCAUGGCAAAUGAAAAAACAAAAAAACAUUUCUCUAUGAAAGAAAAUGACACUUCGUGUAUUAGUAUGGAUAUGGUUUUAACAGUUCUUCCCGAACCCAUACUUGUGCAAGACAAUAGAAAAUUAUUAUAUGUCUUUCCCAAAAACAUUGAUGUAUAUGAAAAAUAA